GUCCUCUCUCUCCUCACAAGAUUAUUUUUAAAAACUUAUAUAUAUAAUAAAGCCAGACACGAUAUCAUCACCAUCAUCAUCAAUUCUUGAUCUCACAACCCGCGAAGAUGCAGAAAAAUUGUGACUUGGAACUUCGUCUUUUUCCUACUUCUUCUUGCGAUUCCGAUUCAGAUACCUCUGUGGUAGAAUCAAGAAGCUCUGAAAAUUCACAAGCGAAGGAAGAGUCUCAGAGAAUAACAAUUUUCUACAAUGGACAAAUGUGUAUAUCUUCAGAAGUUACCCAUCUUCAGGCCAAAUCGAUAAUAUCGAUCGCGAGCAGAGAAAUGGAAGAGAGGUCAUCCUCAAACGGGUCGGAUCUUCCAAAUCGAUCGACCCAAUUUCGUCAUCAUCAUUAUCAUCAGCUUCCAAAUCCAAAGGCUUCCAUGAAAAGAUCUCUCCAAAGUUUUCUUCAGAAACGGAAAAUUCGAAUUCAAGCCACUUCCCCUUACCAUCAGCAUUCACGGCGAUAGUGUUUUUUCUUCUUUUUUGUUCUGUUUUGAUAUAUUCUUUUAGCAGUUUUUUAAUCCAAAUUGGAAUUCAAUUGUAUUAGGUUUCUCAUGUGCUUGUUAUUGAUUCGGGAGUACUCGCAACACACACACACACACAUAUAUAUCAAUAUUAGUCUUUGAUUGAUCCCAAGAUUUGAAUCUGAUUUUUAUUGGUAUAUUAUUACAUUGACCAAUAUAUAUGAACAGAACAAUUCAUAAAUCUCCAGCUCAAUGUUCAGAUGUUCUUGUGUAUAUGUGCA